UAGAUAUGAUGAAUUUACGGUCAUUUUUUCAACUGGGUUUAAAAUAUUUUGAGAAGCAGAGUAGCCGCUGCCAGCUGUAUGGAGAAUUAAAAACAGUUGAGGCAGCGGCUGCAGCUGCUCAGCGAGGCGAGGCAGUGCUGAUUGUCUCGCUGCCUUUCCUAACACUGGCCACACCCUCACUGAUGCUGCCACAUAAUAUGUAAAGGUGAAAGCAGGCAGGAGGUUUACAAAACCUUGCCCAGCAUAUUGGACCACCUGGGAACUAAUCCUGGCCUCUCAAAGUUGUGAGGUGACAGUACAACUAACUACUGUUCUGCAAGAUAACAUGUCUAACAUCCAUAUGUUGUGAGUGUGACAACACUACAACAAUGUCCUGGUCAGGUAACACCCCCCUGCAACGGUGCGUUCUCUCGGCUGCGUAACAUGCUUGACCCUGAUCUGAGUUCCUCUGAGGAGUGUCUGGUGUAUACUCCAGGAGGAAUGAAAAAAGGUGACAGCUUCAUUCCCUCCUCGUCAUGCUCCUCCCCAGGGCUGCCUUCCAACCACCAAGCCAACAUCGCUCACUCUGCAGCUACACCAUUGUCCACAGGAAACAGCUGUGAAGGAAGCACCAGUGCCCCACCACCCUCUCCGGCAUCUCCCACAUUGCACACCAAUCAUGUUGGAACAGCCAGUGCUGUUGGUGUGCUACGGAGGACUGGUGUUCCAUCGUCCCCUGUCUCUGCUCGCUCAGCUGUGCCUCCACACCUUCCGCCUGUGCUUCCAUCCUCAUCUGUCACACAUCCCUCCACAUUACCUGUUGGUUUAAUGCCAGCUGGCCCUCCAGCAGCUCCAGGCACUGCUCCUCCUCCACCACCUCCACCACCCCCACCACCACCACCACCACCACCACCACCAUCAAUAUCAGCACCAUCUCCUUCUCAGGUCUCAUCCACCAGUUCUUCACCACCACUUCUGGCUUCUGUCGUUGCAACUGGCACCACUACCACUAUCAGUUCUUCAACUCAAGUCUCAAACGUGUCCUCCAGUACUUCUAGUGGUAACAACUCCUCCACAAACAUCAUUACUACCACCACCACUUCUACUAGCACUAACACAUCUGCUAUUACAACUAGUAAUGGAGGGCCUAUGUAUAACUGGCAAGCCACCAUGACAACUGUAAAAGAAAGAUUUGCAUUCCUGUUCAAUAAUGAAAUUCUUAGUGAUGUUCAUUUCCUGGUGGGGAAAGGUGACUCAAGACAGCGAAUACCUGCACACAAGUUCGUUUUAGCAGUUGGCAGUGCUGUGUUUGAUGCUAUGUUUAAUGGCCAACUGAGCACUCAUCAGGAGGAGAUCGAGUUACCUGAUGUGGAGCCACAGGCAUUUCUUGCGCUCUUGCGGUUCUUGUACAGUGAUGAAGUUCAAAUUGGUCCUGAAACUGUGAUGACAGUAUUGUACACAGCAAAAAAGUAUGCUGUUCCUGCCCUUGAGCAAGCCUGUGUGGAUUUUCUCAAACGCAACCUGUCCUCUGAUAAUGCAUUUAUGCUUCUGACUCAGGCCCGACUUUUUGAUGAACCCCAACUGGCUGCUCUUUGCCUGGAGACGAUAGAUAAAAACACAGCUGACUCAUUGGCUGCAGAAGGCUUCACAGAUAUUGACAGCAGCACCCUGUGUUUGGUGCUUGAACGAGAUACUCUUGGAUCCGCGAGGCUAAGCUUUUAGGCGACAGUCAGGUGGUCUGAAGCUGAAUGUGAGCGUGAUGGUGUGCCUGUAACAAGUGCCAACCAGAGAGCAGUGUUAGGGAGAGCACUGUCAUUGGUGCGGUUUCCACUUAUGACAGUUGAAGAAUUUGCCCAAGGUCCUGCACAGUCUGGGAUUUUGACAGAUCGUGAAGUGGUUCAGCUCUUUCUUCAUUUUACUGUAAACCCCAAACCCCCUGUAAACUUCCUGGAUGUACCCCGCUGUUGUAUGACGGGCAAGGAACAGACAGUAUGCCGAUUCCAGCAGAUAGAGUCACGCUGGGGUUACUCUGGCACUAGUGACAGAAUUCGAUUUAUUGUGGAUCGGCGCAUCUUUGUUGUUGGUUUUGGAAUGUAUGGAUCCAUUCACGGUCCUUCUGAGUAUGAAGUGACAGUCCAGAUCAUCCACACAGCCACUGGGAAGGUGUGCGCAAGCAACGACACAAGCUUUACGUCUGAUGGUACAGUGAACACAUUUCGAGUCAUGUUCAAGGAACCUGUUGAGGUGUUGCCCAAUACUAACUACACCGCUUAUGCUACAUUAAAGGGCCCUGAUUCACACUAUGGGACCAAAGGAGUCCGCAAAGUAGCAGUGGAAUGCCCUUCUGGGGACCGUGCAACGUUUCAGUUCACUUAUGCUGCUGGCAACAACAAUGGCACUUCUGUUGAAGAUGGACAGAUACCAGAGAUCAUAUUCUAUACAUAAAUGAUUAAUAACCAUUUGGCAUACAUCUGGUCAGAUUUUAUUUGGUACGUACUUAACAUUUAGCAUAUGGUUGACAAAUGUAAAAUUUUUGUAGGAAAGGGAAAUUUUGGGCGAAAUAUUCAUAGUAGCUUUGAAAGUGGACGAUGUGACAAGCUGCUCAAAUAUUUAAAAUCUUUAAGAGUAAUACAGUAGUCAUUAAGAAUUUUUCACUCUCUACUUCAAUGCAGUUAGAUUGCACUUAAUACAUUUGCUCAAGCAUAUGUCGGUUUUAUAUUUAUUUACAGUAUUUAUUAUAUUUUAGUUUAAAGAUAUAAGCAUUCUUUCCAACUGAAGAAAUUACAUUGGUGGCAUUUAUAUAUUCUCAAGUCAGAAUAAUGCAUUUAGUUAUUUUUAGUAGCUAGACCUAACAAACAAGUUUCUUAGGAACAACCGAGUUUUCCAAAGACUAUGUGUGCUUAAGUCAUCAGAGGUGCUGUAAACACAUCAUCUGCUUAACCCAGCAUAUUUGAUGAAAAUUUUAUCAGUACAGUAUUAAUGAAUUGACUUUAAUUUCCACAGUAAUUUUAAGAAUGUGUGUUGGCAUUCUCCAAUUUUUCUUAGUUUUGCUAUUGUCAGAGGCCACAGCAUGUACACUUUGAUAUACAAAUAGAAGUCUUUGAAACUCUGUAGGUACUAUACUUUUAGAUUAGAAUAAAUAUUGGUCUUGAGCCAAGGAAAUGUAUAGAGAAUCUCAACAAAUGAAGUUUAGGAUAACAAGUGAUAAGAAAAAGAUGAAAAUGAAUGUAAGCAAGCUAGAAAACAUAAUUCAGCCUAUUGUGAUGUACAGUCUCUAAAAAAGUAUUGUUAGCCAUGGGGUUGAUGUGAUUCGGGGCUUUCCAAGUAAUGUUACGUGAAGUGUUCUGAACGGCUGGUAGGUCUACAUGUGCGACCUUUAAGCAUGAAUGAAUAUACUAUACAGUAUACAUUUUCAAACAAUGUGAAUCCUCCAAGGCUCUAGUUCAUACAUUACCAGUACAUGAUCUUGGAGUGGAUGUCGUAAAUUGACACCAGUCAUCAAAGGGAUCUUACAUCAAGUGGAGCAAGGAAUUAUCAGGUGCUAUUAUUGGGAAUCAUGAAAAGAGACACAAGCAAGGUAAAUAAGAUUUUUUUUAUAAUAAUAAUAAAAAGUGCACAAAGACUGAGGAUGUAUGAUAAACAAUCAUGUGGUUAGAUUAUUGUUGCCAAAGACAAUAGCACUCCCCGAUAGAACAUUUACUCCUAACUUUUAUAUGUGAAUGAGGUGAACUGAUGUACAGAAGGAAGUGUCUUGUUAAUUAUUUUACCAUGUUCAGGAUACAGUACAGUAUUUACUGUUUAUUCCCCCAUUGCUAUGUUUGUUUUUUUGUGUUGCAUUCACAGUCCAGUAUUAGCAAAUAUCACAUUCUUAAAAGCUGUUUUAAUGCAUUGUAGUGGAUGUGAUAUUUUCCAAGAAUCUUUAAUAGUUUGUAAGGCAUUUUAGUAGAUUUUUUGUUGCAGUUCUUUUUUACUUUUUCAUCACAUGAUUUUUCUUGAAUUUUUUUCAAAGUCCAGGUUGCCAGAGUAACCUUUUUGUUCUUGUACUGUAGCAUUAUCAUGUAAGGGUUCACAGUGGACCAGUUGUAUUUACUAUACAGUAUAUCUAUGACCAGAUAUAGGCAUUUAUGGUAUCUUAGGGUUGACAUGUUAUAGGGGUAAUGACAGGCAUCUGAAACCCAAGACCAGAUAAUAAUACCUGGCAGGGCAUCAAAUGUUGGUUUUAUAAUUGACAGUGUGGGGAGAUAAUGAAUUGUAUCCGAUUGGCUUUUGUACUUUUUAAGUUAUAAACAGUGUUAGAUCAAUCAAGUCCACCUGUGAAUACACAUGCAUUAUCUCCUUGACUAGAAACUUAGGGGAUUUAACAGCAAUACUCAGUUGGAAAUUUGGUUUCUGUUCUAUAACUACCCACUGACUCGAUUGAUUUUCACUUUGUGUAAAAGUAUUUUAAGGUGGCUUCUCGUAAAGUUAUGCUUUAUUCAUUCACAUUUCUUCUUAGAUGCUUGUGCCAUUCAAUUUUGGUGUGACCUUAAUCCCAGUCUUCCCUCGAACCAUUCACCCCUAGAUAAACCAAAUAUGGUAAAUAUCUCGAGGCUUUGUUGUGAAUGGGGAAUGCCAUAAGAGAGACCAUAUUUUCAGGAGUGAGUGAAUGACAGCAAAUGAAAGGACAGCCUUCCUUUGCUCUUUUUUUUCAGCCAUCUUGUGCUGCAGUGGAAAAGAAAAAAAAUAGUAUCCAGGGGACUUGCCAAUUCCCAUUGUUCUCAAUUUUUAUAGUACCUAUAUUAAUGGAGUCCAUGUAGGUAACUGGAUAUUUCCUAAUUACACUGACUGUGUGUAACAUAGACAUCCAACUACCUACACAGCUCCUGUGUAUACACCCAAAGUAAAAAAUUAAGUGGUAGGAUGUAGGCAAGUGGAUGCAGUCUAAUGUUUAGCUACCUAGCACCACACAAAAGGUAGUUUCAUGAACUGAGUUUAUCUUCAUAUGCUAUGCCGUUUGUACAGGUAUUAUUUUUGGUAUUAUAAGUGGAGUUUGUUACUGUCAGUGUCAUGAAUUAAACUAAUCUUCAUCCAAGUGGUUGAAUUGGGAAAUGUUAUAAAAUUGUUAGCUGUAGGGAUAUUCUCUUCUCUUGAUGUUUGUGUAAUGUUUCUAUGUUGGGAUCUCAGACUGUAUUGAUGUUUGGUUGUGCAUUUUUAUUUAAUAGAUAAAAUAUAUAUCUUUUGAUUUUGGUAGCUUUCAGUUACCUAACUAGAUGAUACAUCUAGUAUGUGUUUUCUGAGUAUUAACUACAGGUAUUUAGAAUAACUAAUUUGUUACACAUGAGCAAAACUACUGGUUGUAUUGUAGCAUCAUCAGAUUAUUACCUAACUCAAGUGUUCCCACUGAUCAGGCAGGUUACUUUCAUCUGUUUGGGAAUGGUUUGUAAUCUGUUCACUAGUCCAGUAAUAUACUCGUACAUUUAACUUGUGAAAGUACCGCAUGUCUUUGGGAGUUUUCUAGUCACUGUUUAGAAUUAUACAAUCAUUUAAUUUUACCCAAUUUUGAGUUCUAGUUUCUAUAUUUCUGGGUCAAAUUUACUAAAUGUAUCUUCCUUUUUGUGCCUGUGUCCUCUGUGAUGGAAUAUAUAAAUCAAAAUUAUGUGUAAACAUAAUAAAACGGAACAUGUAA